UCACAGCCACAGAACCUUACACGUCUGACAAUCUCUAGAAAAACUUCCGUUUCAUUACCCCCUCUUGUAUUCUACGGCAACGACAAGGGCAAGGACAUGUCACCCAGUGUGGCAUUGCCUCUACAUUCUGCAGUCUACGAAAAGUACGGUCACAAAUCGAAGCGCUCAUGGACAAAAUCUCUUUUUCUCCCCAUUCCUGGCGUUCCCAAUAGGCGUUUGCGUGUUCUAGUCCCCAAUUUCGAUGUCAGAUACGUGCGCAUACGGAUACCGAAAUUCGACGGGAGAAAGCGAACGCCGCUGUUACUAUGCUUAGCGUGCAUGGCAGUGGUCACAACUGUGAUGCUGUUUUCGAGAAGUGGAACGGGACCAGAGUGGCCUGAAUCUUGGCCGCCAGUGGGAGAUCCGCCUACUUUGGUGUUCCAGAGGGAUGACUUGCAGAGAAUAUGGGAUUGGGAGAUUCGGAGUGGUCAUUAUCCUUCUCGACGCGGCAUACCUAAACAGAUUGGGUUUCUAUCUUCUCCUCAUAAUCCUGCAUUACCAGCCAAGCAACGGCGAGAGGCACCAUCCAGAUACAGACCACCGCCUUCAAUAGUCACGACGCAAGCAGAUACUGAUCCUUUCGGCGUAGGGCCAAAAAGACGUUACCUCGAUAUUCAGAGUAUCCCUCCACACGUCGCGUAUCCACCGCGUCCUGUACCUGGAAGUGUCGCUGACAUGGAUAUAAUAAUGAAACAUUGCGAUUUCUCAACGAAUAAGUACGUACGCGAUUGCUUGGAAAUGCUACGACUUGGAGGAGGACUCGAUAAUGGGCAACGUUCGAGACGAGGAAAUUUGGACGACUGGAAGUAUAUCUACAUGGAAGUUGCCAACUCGACAACGUCGGAAGAAGUACAACCCGAUCCUCCCUUUACUCCCAACCCCGUCCACCGGCAUAAAACCGAUGGUACCGAAAGCCCGAGUGACCCGAACGCGGGUCUUUUUCCCAAACGAGGCGUUGACUGGGAACCGCCGCUCACACUACCUCCAACCCUUUAUCAUCGACCAAAUAGCGAGCUUCCUGAACCAUGCGAUCCAGACAAUCCUCGUUUGUUUCAUAUGUUCUGGACAGGUCCUUUUACCGACAAACCUUACCUCGCGCUCCUUUCUUUCCUCUUCACACAGAAUACCGGCAUUCAUUACCACGAAUUUCCCGCCGAUUCACCCGUAUGUCGACCGCAAUUCUGGUUAUGGAUCAAUCCUGGUCCAGCAGCAUCUGUACCGAAUCCUAACGCGUUGCAUGACAUGUUCGAGUCGCUCAAAGUCAGCCCAUGGGCUUCACCGUUUUUACAUCCGCGUUUCAAGGAUGUCAUCAAGUUCAAGCUGUGGAACACCACAGAGCAGUUGGAUGGGGUGCCGGAGAUCAAGAAAGAGUGGAGGGCAUUACAGGAUUCGCUCUUCAAUUCCGGUGGCCAUAUCAUUAAUGUCAAGAAACAGGAUGCCGAGGAUGAAAGUUCUUCCGAAGAUGGGGAGUCAGAGUCUGCUGUUUCCACCACGAAGAUGGUAGACGAAGAUGAUAUUGUGAACCGUCUCGGAUCGAAGUCGUCUUCGACAUAUGACAGGCUCUCGGUCAUCCUUUCAGAUAUGGCACGAUUUGUUCUUUGCCAUCGUUUUGGCGGCAUUUACCUCGAUGCCGAUACCAUCUUCCUGAGAGAUUGGGAGGAGCUUUGGGGCUGGAAAGGAGCUUUCGCGUAUCGAUGGUCACGGUUGGAGAAGUACAAUACUGCAGUGCUCAGAAUGAACAAACAUUCCGCGUUAGGCAGUUUCUUGUUCAGGACAGCGUUGAGGAAUGGGUUGGAUUUCCAUCCGAUGACUGUUUCGAGGUAUCUAGCGGAUGCGUAUUCGGAAGGAUUACUGUUGAGAUUACCGGAUGCCCUUUUUGAUUCUGCUUGGUUGAACACCGAGUACUAUCAACGAGAUCGGCCUCCUCAGCCUUACUUCACUGAGUUUUCUGACUUCUUUGAAACCCCGAUGGUGGCAAGUGCUGCCCCUCAGAUGCUCGGAUUCCACGGCUUUUUCAAGGGUGCUUAUUCUUACCAUUUUCAUAACUUCUGGUGGAAACCCUUUGACCCAACACGGAAUUGGCCCGACCUAGGAACACAAUUCCUAGCUGGAGAGCGUGCAGCACGGAAAGCGUUGAGAACUGAAGCUGCCCCGAAAUCUGCUGACAAUGAUAGGGAUCCUCUGGAUGACGCUGUCGAGCCGGACAAGCGGGAUUUAGAUUGGUCAACGGUUCUGAAGAGAACAUUUGAGAGCUAUAUCAGAGGAGAACGACCGAAUAUGUACGGAGAGUGGAUUCAUUGGUGAUGAACUUGGGACCGGACAGUCCUUGAGCUGGGGGAAGCAAAAGUACCAGUCCUUAUUCUCCGUUUUUCAAUACCUUCCUUCAUCUUCUUCCACGACCUCUUUUGAUUUACUAGAACUUUAUUGCAUGAAUUUAUCAACGACCGCACUUCCCCCCCCUCUGUGGACGACACGAUUGGAAGGGUGGUACUAUAGUUUACUAUGACAUAUACUUACAGCUUUGUAUUUCUAAAUUUAUUGCAUACCUACUCUGCAUACCAGGUCCUUCUAUUUAGUUUGAAUUCAGUCUCGUAAUGAAUACUUUACUUAAAU